GGUUGACGCGUUGACGUGAUACGGCACCGCCCCCAGUCAGUCAAUCGGUACCCGCUGGGUGUUUCGGUGGUGUUCGCUUGCGCCUACCUGCCAGAUCUGUGUUCCGGAGUAAUUUUUCGUUUCGUUGUGACAGGCCGCGCAGCCCCGGGCUACCCUCCUCCACCAUGCCGGACCGUAGACCAUUCGAGCGGCUUCCCGCUGACGUGCGGCCCAUCAACUAUGGACUGUGCCUGAAGCCCGACCUCAUAGAUUUCACCUUUGAGGGGAAGCUGGAGGCCGCCGUGGAGGUGACAAAUGCCACCAACCAGAUUGUGAUGAACUGCGCAGACAUUGACAUUAUUACCGCUUCCUAUGCUCCAGAGGGUGAUGAAGAAAUCCAUGCCACGGGGUUCAACUACCAGAAUGAAGAUGAGAAGGUAACCCUGUCCUUCCCAAGCACUCUACAGAAAGGUUCUGGAAUGUUGAAAAUCGAUUUUGUCGGGGAGCUGAACGAUAAGAUGAAGGGUUUCUAUCGCAGUAAAUACUCCACGGCCUCCGGGGAGGUGCAUUACGCAGCAGUCACUCAGUUUGAGGCUACCGAUGCACGGAGAGCUUUCCCUUGUUGGGAUGAACCCGCCAUCAAGGCCACCUUUGAUAUCACGCUAAUUGUCCCCAAGGACAGAGUUGCUUUGUCCAACAUGAAUGUGAUUGAGCGGAAGCCGUACCCAGAUGAUGAGAGCAUGGUGGAAGUGAAGUUCGCCCGAACGCCGGUCAUGUCCACGUACCUCGUUGCCUUUGUGGUUGGCGAGUAUGACUUUGUGGAGACGCGGUCGUCGGAUGGGAUCCUAAUCCGUGUUUACACUCCGGUUGGGAAGGCUGAGCAGGGAAAGUUCGCUUUGGAGGUCGCUGCUAAAACUCUACCUUUCUACAAGGAUUACUUCAAUGUGCCCUACCCUCUCCCCAAGAUCGACCUCAUCACUAUUGCAGACUUUGCAGCUGGAGCCAUGGAAAACUGGGGCCUGGUAACCUACAGGGAGACCGCUCUUCUCAUUGACCCCAAGGAUUCCUGCUCUUCUUCCCGCCAGUGGGUAGCUCUAGUUGUGGGACAUGAGCUGGCGCACCAGUGGUUUGGGAACCUGGUCACUAUGGAAUGGUGGACCCAUUUGUGGUUAAAUGAAGGCUUUGCUUCCUGGAUAGAGUACCUCUGUGUGGACCACUGCUUCCCAGAGUACGAUAUCUGGACGCAGUUUGUGUUUGCAGACUAUACACGGGCUCAAGAACUGGAUGCACUGGAAAACAGCCACCCCAUUGAGGUGAAUGUGGGACACCCCUCCGAAGUGGAUGAGAUCUUUGAUGCCAUUUCCUACAGCAAAGGAGCCUCGGUGAUCCGCAUGUUGCACGACUACAUUGGUGACGACGAUUUUCGCAAAGGCAUGAAUCAGUACCUCACCAAAUUCCAAGAGAAGAACGCUUCCACGGAGGACCUCUGGGAGUCUCUAGAACAGGCCAGUGGGAAACCAAUUGCUGCUGUGAUGAGCACCUGGACCAAGCAGAUGGGCUUCCCGCUUAUCUACGUGGAUUCCGAGCAGAAUGAAGAUUCAAGGAUCCUCAAACUGUCUCAGAAGAAGUUUUGUGCUAGUGGACCACAUCAUGGUGAGGAGUGUCCACAGUGGAUGGUACCGAUCAACAUCUGCACCAGUGAAGCACCGUCCUCUUCCAAAUUAAAGAUUCUGAUGGACAAGCAAGAGAUGACUGUUUCGCUGAAUGGUAUGAAACCAGAUCAGUGGGUAAAGAUUAACCCUGGAACGGUGGGUUUUUAUCGUACCCAGUACAGCCCCGCCAUGCUCGAUAGCCUAUUGCCUGGCAUCAGAGACCUCUCCUUGCCGCCGGUGGACAGACUGGGAUUGCAGAACGAUCUGUUUUCAUUAGCCCGUGCAGGGAUGAUAAGCACGGUCGAGGUGUUGAAAGUCAUGGAAGCCUUUGUAAAUGAACCCAAUUACACUGUAUGGAACGACUUAAGCAGCAACCUGGGGGUACUGUCCACUUUGCUCUCCCACACAGAAUUCUAUGAUGAGAUCCAGGGCUUCAUCCGCGAUGUCUUUUCCCCUAUUGGACAACGUCUGGGCUGGGACCCAAAACCCGGGGAGGGGCAUUUGGAUGCUUUGCUCCGAGGACUGGUUUUAGGCAAACUGGGUAAGGCUGGCCACAAACCGACCGUUGAAGAAGCCAGACGACGGUUCAAAGACCAUGUAGAGGGAAAGAACACAUUGAAUGCUGACCUUCGAAGUCCAGUUUAUGUGACCGUUUUGAAGCAUGGGGACAGCACAACUUUGGACACCAUGCUGAAGCUCCACAAGCAAGCUGACAUGCAGGAGGAGAAGAAUCGGAUUGAACGGGUUCUGGGGGCCAUCUCCACGCAGGAGUUAAUCCAGAAAGUGCUGACCUUCUCCCUUUCUGAUGACGUGCGUCCCCAGGACACGGUCUCGGUCAUUGGAGGGGUUGCUGGCGGCAGUAAGAUCGGCCGGAAAGCUGCCUGGAACUUUGUGAAAGAGAACUGGCAGGAGUUGUAUAAUCGGUACCAAGGAGGAUUCCUCAUCUCCAGGCUAAUAAAGGUCUCACUGGAAGGCUUCGCAAGUGAAAAGAUGGCUGCAGAAAUCAAGACCUUCUUUGAAGCCCACCCGGCCCCAUCUGCCGAGCGUACGGUGCAGCAGUGCUGCGAGAACAUACUGCUAAACUCGGCCUGGCUGAAACGCGACGCCGACGCCAUGCACGAGUACCUUCGGCAACGCAGGGCUCCAUCAUCGACCGUGUGAUGCACAUCUACCCCGCCUGCUGUCUCACCGCCCUGACAGGCUAGACCUUCCGCCCCCAAUAACGGAGGCUAUGUACCCAUCCUUCCUAAUUCCCUAACCCCCCCCUGCACCCUGUGGGAAGCAGAUGCAACAAAAGGAAAAAAAAAAAAAAAGUGUCUCCCUGUUCUCAUUCGCUCCCGCUCAGUCCCCAUCAUCUCCUUAGGGGUUUUAUUCAAUUACUCAAACCAUCUGUACAUAUAAUUGAUAGAAGUAGCGUACAGCUGCUAACUGUGAAUCUCCCCGGUAGCCCUCGGGUGCAGGAACUUCCCCAAGAGCAUCCCCGACGUGGGACUGUUUGUUGGUUCCAUUGCAGACGGUUAUCUGUAGGUAAGAGGGCCGUAACGUGACAGCUCAUUACAGUGUGUGCUUCAGCCAAGGCUUUGCGCAAGUGGAUGGCUGGGUUUAGCCAGUGAUUUAUUUUACUCUCUUUUUUUGUUCGUUUUAAAGAGGGUUCCCCUUCUGUGAUUUCCUCUGUACCGUUUGCUGCCUAUUGUGCUCGGAUGUUUAACUGCUUGUUGAAAGGUGCAACAUAGGUUUUACACAUACGUGUACUUGCACUUAACCUGCCUUCCCUCACGACUAUGUUCCUCUCGGUGGCCUGGACGGUACUGAAAAGGCUUGCACAGCCGAGGUCUCUAUAGUUCUGAAGGGCUUAUUCUUACCGUUGAUUGUCCCUCUUCAGCGCUCAUAAGAAACGUGCAGAAACUGUCCUGCUGUCCUUAAGGUUCCUUACCCCCCCCCCCGGUUCCAGAUUAUUUUCUAGGUUAGCCAGAUUCUGGGUUUGUGCAGUCUAACGGCAUAGUGGCAGGGCCAUGGGCCUAAAUUCUCAGACGUGCCCAACUGAGUCCUCUUUUGUGCUAUUGUUUUAAAAGAUGAGGAAAAAAAACUUACAAA